GGCGUCGCACGCAUUUUCCAGUUCCCUUGUAAAAUCUUUUCAUCUUUUGCUUUAACUAGUCACUAAGCUUAUCAGUUUUCAGCUGUGUUAUCAAUAGUCAAUCCAACCGACCCGUUUAAUAUGUAACAAGCAGGAACAGCAGAACAAAACUCGCGUUGUGAUAAGCAAAAGUACAAGUCCGCUCCAAGAUGCGCGACCAGAUUAGGAUAACGACGCCACGAUCGAAACGGCACUCGGUCGGUGUUACGGUACAGGCGUCGGUCACCGUUCAUGCUCCGUGCGAUGCAAAAGUAACCUUCCAUCGAUCACCAGCGACGAAGACGACCGGCCAUAGCACCGUCCGCCAGGAGUCGGGCACCCCGGUGGCGGAAGCAGCUGCUGGUGCCAACAAAAGAAUGAGUCUGCACGAGAACCUCCUGAUGCGCAUUCUGUCCACUCCGAGCGAUCAGCCUUUGUACGACCGGGGCACACCCUCCGAGUCGCAGCGCACGACCGAUGACUCUUUCGACAGUUGCCUAUCCCGCGGUGGAACUCCGGUGCCCGAUCUGUUUGAUCACAGUCCCGACAAUCAGUUGCGCUGCAACACACCACCCGCUCUGGACGGAGGGGCGGGCCAUGGGCCAGUUAACCCGCAGAUGCAACGCCUGAUGCGCGACCUCAACAGCCCUUCGGCUACGGCUCGCAUGCGUGCACUGCGCGCCCUGAAGUCUCCGAGCAAGCUGAAAGGCUACGGGGCAUUCGAUGUACCACACGAAGAACAAGACAUCAUUACGGCGGAUGAGCGCGUUGAACCGGUCCAGCGCACGAUCCAGGAGGUGCUACGGAAUGUGUGCGUCUACGUUGAGGUACGUUCCGGUACGGACAAUCGUUCCGAUGGCAUCAAAGAGCACAUCGCCUCCCUGGGGGCACGUGUAAACGAACGGCUGCUGAAAGACACAACGCACGUGAUAUUCAAGGAUGGCCUACUGUCGACGUACCAGAAGGCGAAGAAAAUGAACAUACCCGUCGUCUCGAUACUGUGGAUCGAGGCCUGCAAGCGCCAUACAUGCCUGAUGAACCCGGACGACUUUAAGAUCUCCAAUCACGACCGCUACGACAAUCCGGACCUAUAUAAGCGCAUUAGGCGCCAAAAGUCGAUGCAACCGGGGGCAAAUGUAGCUGCGGGUACCAAGAAACGGACCGUAACGGCCGGGGCGAUCGCGAAGGCCAAUGCCGUGCUAUCACCCCCGACAAAGCUACCAACGCUGCAUCGCAUUCGCAAAGAUGAUCGUUUGGAAAGGAUUUUAAAUGAAUUUGAGGCCGAAAAUCAGUUCACCGGUAACGGUUCCAGCAGUGAACCAAUCGACGAGUACGACGAAAUGCUACAAGCGGCACCGAAGCGAAUGCUGGAACGUUUCCGCAAUACACCGACCACAUCCGAUAGUCCGGCCGUGGCCGCUACAAGGGCGACGAAUGCCGGAGAUGACGGGGAAAUAGAUUGCACUCCAACGGGAGUGAACGGAACGGAUCGAAGCGAAGACAUUACACUUUCGCGGCGAGUCCUGUUCUCUGCUGGUCGCGGCGCAUCGACGAAAAAGGAUAAACCACUGACACCGGCUUCGAAAGCGCGGCGUAAGACGAUCCUUUUCACUCCUCAGAUGGCCAAUGUCGAGGAAGAGGCGAGCAACACUCGCCAAGAAACGCAGGAAACGAACAAAACUCCCGCUCAACAACAGGGUACACGCAAUCGACGUAAGACCAUCGUGGCCACUGUCGGUGAUCGUAGCAGCAAUGCAGACGUGCAGACACCGGUGGUAGCUCCACCAGCUCGCACGAUUCGUACACGUCGUAGUUCGAUGCUGGCAAGCGUUGAGGCGGAUGUACAAACCUUAACCCUCGAGGAAUCGUCGGUGGCGAUUCCGAACGAACCGACGAUCAGACGAGACCGACGCAAGACGAUCGCUUUCGGGAAUGAUGAGAACACACCGCCACACGCCGCGGUUGCUGCGAUCGGUCUCAGUUCUAAGUCGCGCCCGAGCACCAAAUAUAACACCAUAUACUCACCAAAGGACAUGGACAUUUCGAGCGUUCCGAAAACUGCCGCCAUUUCGGCAGCAGUUUCCAGUUCCCUAGGGAAUGCUUUGGACCAUUAUCAAACGGAAUCCUCGUCGAUGAACGUAUCAGAGUCGGAGGAGGUCCGUAGAAUGUCAGAAAAUUCAAAGCCUACUAGUGAGAGCAUUCACAAUUCAACACGAAUGUCCAUAGCAACCACUAGUGGAUCUGUUCAGAGCCGCAGAAGAACACUCUUCACCCCUGGCGGUGCUAGUGAUACCUUUAUGGAGGCACUGGAAGUGAGUGAGACUCCCCCGUCGAACUCAACGUUACACACCAAGACGCGGCCCAGUUCGGCGUUCCUGCUGCACGGCAAUGGUAGCAGCAUCCUCCAUCACCCUAAACCGACCUCGAACUCGACUCCCAAAGAGCCGGCCCCGAAGACUUUGCUGGAAGAGUAUCAAUCUUCGCUACGGUUCAGCUCCUCGCGUGCCCCAGAGCGUCGCCGUCAGACCAUUUUUGACAUCACGAUGGACAUCGUCGAUCAGCGACUGUCCGAGAUUAAUCGACGUGCUGCCUUGACGGCACAGAGAAACUCUCCCGAGCAAUCGUCUUCUUCGUCCGGCCCAUUGGUCACUCCAGCCCAGGAUGCUGCUCUUCGUAGUCCUCCUCCAGUGCAGCAAACAGCCAUUAGUGAAUACUACCGGAAGGCAACUAAAUCGAUCGAAAAGAUUAACAAACCACGUGAACUGAUUACAAGCAGCAGCAGCAGCAGCAGCAGUAGCGGCAACAGUGCCAGCGAGGCAGAAAGUGUUCCGGGAGCGGAAGCACAACCACGCCGGCGUAAACUGUUUAAUGUGCAAACGCAGGAUAUGCUGUUCGGUACCAAGCCAGCAGCAGCGAAAGUGGCCACACCGAAAAGACGCUCCCUGGCACCGGUGCAGAUGGAUAGCAAGGCAUCGGUCGGUGUGGCCAGCGCAAAGAAGCGACGCACGACGAUGCUGUUCCAGUCACCGUUUGAAGCAGCGCAAACGGUUACCGCGAAGAAGCAGCCAUUUCAACCCGGCCGUGGACUACCCUCGGUGGUCGCUACACAAAACUCUGGGUCGGCCGGACCACGCCAGUAUCUGGCCACCACUAAUCUUCAUACCGAGCAGAGCACCUUUCUGAAGGAGGCCAUCGGUACGCUCGGUGGAGGGUUCAUCCUGGAGGCAGAUGUGACCGCCAAUACGACACACCUUGUGACACUGGAAUCGCGCCGCACCAUUAACCUACUGCGUGCCCUAAUCCGGGGUCUGUGGAUCGUACGGUACGAUUGGAUCGUGGCAUCGGUAACCGCCGGCCAUUGGCUCCCGGAGGAGCAGUUUGAAUUGCGUGACUUUUCGCCCGCAAUACAGGCCAAUCGGAGCGAACGGCAGGCAUUCGGUAAGCAUUAUCGCAGUGACCUGUUUGCCGAUUAUGGCCCCAUCUGGAUCUCGCCCCGCUGCAACGUCCCUCCGGGCCAGCUACGGGAGCUGCUGGUCCUCUGCCACGCCAAAGUGACGGGAAACCGUGGAGAGGCGCGGUAUCUGAUCGUCGAAAAGGACAGUGCCAAAGAUUAUCGAGUAAAUGGGCAGCAGAUUUGUGUGGACGCCCUAUGGAUUCUCGAUAGCAUUACUAUUAACAAGGUAAAGAAGCUAUCACUAAAGUAUCGCAUAGAGCGGUAG